AUGGAAGUGUUCGCGCAAAUAGCGAAAAACAUUCGAGCCACAGGGAUUGGAUCAAAGGACAAGGUCGUGGGCAAGCAAGUAUGGAGUAGACCGACGAGUAGGACUUCCAAACUGUAUGCGAGUGGAUAG